AUGCCGCAUUCCUUUGAGGACGUCGUCCUCCUUUCGGGGGCUGCCAUGUCCCUCCCAAAGGGCAAGGGAGACAGCGCCCAGCCGCUGGGCUUCGCCGCCCACGAGACGGAGUGCAGCAUCUGCUGCGAGAGUUUUGACUGGCGCGCCCGGCGGCCCAAGCUGCUCAGCUGCCACCACCAGGUGUGCGCCAGGUGCCUGCGCAGGAUGGCGGACAUUGGCAAGUCCCCUGUGAACCUCAGCUGCCCCUUCUGCCGGCAGGAGACGCCCGUGCCAGACGAAGACGUGGGGCAGCUGCCUGACAACGGCCGGGUGCUGGCGCUGCUCUGCAGGCAAGGCGGCUCCCCACUGUCCCCAGAGGUGCUCCUGUGCCCGAGCAUCCUGGAGCCCUUCGCAGACGGCAAGCAGCGCUCCUCGGACUGCCUGGUCAUCACGCUGCUGGAGGUGCCGGAGGAUGCGGCAGCCCCCGACGGGCUGGGGAUAGUGGACGUGAUGCGCUUCUACCGCCCGCCCAGCCUGGCCUCCUUGCCCUGCCACGGCUCGCUGCCCGUGUGCCAGUCGUGCAGCACCUGGCGGGCCGUCCCCCGAUUCUUCCUCGGCCUCCUCGGCCUGGUGUACUUCAGUUCCUUGCCUUUGGGCAUCUACCUCCUGCUUGUGGAGCGCCCCAACCUGGGCCUCGUCUUGGUCAGCCUGGUGCCCUCCACCCUCCUCCUCUGCAUCCUCUACAGCCUCUGCCAGUGCGUCUGCCAGGAAGUCUUUGACUUCCCCGCGUGAGGUGCCUUGGAGGCCCGGCAACCCUCCCACCGCCCCCGCCCUCUCGCUCAGCUCUCCCGCUCUGGCCCAUAGGGCACCUACAGAUGCUGCUGGGUGUCGCCUGAGCCCCCGUCUCGCAGCAGAGGAUGGGGCUGCUCUCCGUGGGCAGGGAAGGGGUUCCGUGAAGUUGGAGACACGGAUGGCAGAGAUGCGUAUUGCACCCUUGUGAAAGAGUGGUGUCCCAUUUUCUUGCUCGUGGACGUGU